AUGUUUGCAAGAUCUUUUGCUUUCCGUGCAUUCUCGCCGCAGUGUCCCAGGACCUUCAUAACCCCCGGAUCGUCGGUGUCAAGCCCAACAUGGAGAUAUUUCACUUCAAGCGCUGUUCGAACAAAGGCCGCAGUCAAAGUCAAGCCCCAAUAUAACCCUCCCCAAUUCAAAGCGCCCCCACAAACCGAGCAAAGUCUGAAAUUUGCUGGACGACGAGCAGAGGGGUUCGGAAAAUUAGAACGAAAAGUCGCAAAAGAAGGACAAGUAUUACUUUUCCAAGCGCCAUCACAUCGCAGCUAUGUUCUAGGCGCCUACGGCAUUUCAGCAUUUUGCUUCGCUUACUCCGUGUACAACUCUAAUGUUGUCUUUCGCGAUCCGAUAAUACCUCUCCCAAUGUGGCAGCAGGCUCUCUUUGGUGGUAUCUGUGUCAUGAUGAGCGUCAUGGGUACCGUGUUCCUUUUCAAAACUGGACGGCUGAUCAAAACAGUCAAUGCCGUUCAAUCUAACGGACAGACCCAUCUCCGCUUUACUGUUCGGAGCUUCAUUCCUUUCAGGAAGCCAUUUGAGUUCGAUGCUUUACCUCAUCAAAUAGCGUUCUCUCGUCGGCUAGUUGUGACGCAUGACUCUGUCACUCGCAUGCAGCAGGCGGAGGCCGCUCAAAAUGGGAACGUGAGCUUCUUCAAAGCGCCUUUGAAGAAGACGAGUAUGCUCCUUUGGAGACUAUUCCGAUCUGUCCGGCAGUUGUUCACACAAGAAGACUUCAUCCUCUUGGAAGUGGAAGGCCAAAAAGGUGUUAUGAGGAUGGAUUCCGCGGGAUUUGUAUCGCAAGACUUUCUUGUGAUUGGUAACCCGGUCACUUUCAGGCGUUAG